AUGAAUUUUAUAUUCACAAUACUUUUACUAACCAUUUCUUUUAAUAUAAUACUUGGUAAAAAUAAUCAAAUUGAAAAUAAAAUUAAUGUCAAUUUAGAAUCAAUUGAAACAAGAGUUAAAAAAUCUAUUUAUAGUAAUGUUCCAUAUAAGUGGUCUUUUCCAAUUGACUACAAAAUUGAUACAGGAGUAAAUGAAACUACAGUUAAAAAAGCAUUAGAAAUUUUAGAAAAAGAAACAUGUAUAAGAUUUAGAAAAACUAAUACUUUUACAAAUGGUGGUUUACUUUAUAAACUUUCAACUGGUUGUCGAUCAUAUGUUGGAAAAAUUUCAAAUUCCAAACCACAAGAAGUAUAUUUAGGAGAUACAUGUGAUUAUUUUACAGCUGCAAUCCAUGAAACAUCUCAUGCUCUUGGAGUAGAUCAUGAAAUGUGUAGACAUGAUAGAAAUAAUUAUCUUACUAUUCUUUUUCAAAAUAUACAUCCACAAGUUGCAUCAAAUUUUAUUAUGCAACCACCAUCAAAUUCAUUAACAUACAAUACAAAAUAUGAUUAUGGUUCUGUAAUGCAUUAUGAUAGAUUUGCUGGAUCAUUUAAUAAUCAACCAGCAAUGUUACCAAGAUAUAGUAGUUAUACUAAAACAUUUGGACAAAGAUCAGAGUAUGGUUUUAAUGAUGCUAAACGUCUUAAUAUGCAUUACUGUAAUCAUAUAUGUCCUAAAAAAUUAAAAUGUGUUAAUGGUGGAUAUACAGAUCCAAAUAAUUGUAAAAUUUGUAAAUGUCCAAGAUUUUUUACAGGAGUAUUAUGUUUAAAAGUAAAAGAGUCAGACAAAAGUUGUGGUAAUGUUAAAUAUCUUGCUACUGAUAAAGAUAAAUUUAUUGAAGCAAAAGGAAAAAAAAGUUGUUAUUUUCAAAUAAAAGCACCACCAGGUUUUAGAAUUAAAUUAUCAAUUGUUAAUUUAUUAUCUAUACCAGAUCAAUUUGUUUGUCAACCUGGUUCAGGAUUAGAAAUUAAAUAUCUUGCCGACAAAACUGUUUCUGGAGCAUUAUUUUGUGGACGUGAUAUGAUAAAAGAAUUAAACUCUGAACAUAACACUGUAAUUAUGAGAUAUGUAGGAAAAACACCAUUUGAUAAAAUAAAAAUUAAGUACAGAAGAAUUAAAUAA